GUUCCUGGAUGAAUACGCCAAGCACAACGUCACCUUCUGGGCGCUGACGGCGGAGAACGAGCCGUCGGCCGGGCUGAUCAACAAUUACCCCUUCCAGUGCCUGGGCUUCACGGCCGAGCAGCAACGCGACUUCAUCGCCCGCGACCUGGGCCCGGCUUUGGCCAACAGCUCGCACCGCCACGUGCAGCUCAUCAUCCUGGACGACAACCGGCUCCACCUCCCGCACUGGGCCAAAGUGGUCCUGGAGGACGAGCAGGCGGCUCGCUACGUGCACGGCAUCGGCAUCCAUUGGUACCUGGACUUCAUCGGGCCCAUCCAGGACACCGUGCUGCCCACGCACGAGCUCUUCCCGGAUUUCUUCAUCCUGGCCACGGAGGCCAGCGUGGGAGCCCACUUCUGGGAGCGGGACGUCAUCCUGGGCUGCUGGGAGCGGGGCAACCAGUACAGCCACAGCAUCCUGACGAACCUGAACAACUACGUGACGGGCUGGACCGACUGGAACCUGGCGCUGGACCUGGAGGGGGGGCCCAACUGGGUCAAGAACUACGUGGACAGCCCCGUCAUCGUGGACAGCAGCCAGGGCGUCUUCUACAAGCAGCCCAUGUUCUACCACAUGGGGCACUUCAGUAAGUUCAUCCCGGAGGGCUCCCAGCGCGUGGGGCUCGUCGCCUCCAAAGAGUCCAAGAAGACCCCCCUGGAAUACGCUGCCUUCCUGCGCCCCGACGGGGCCGCGGUCGUCGUGGUCCUCAACCGGUGAGCGCCCGCCGCGUGCCCCCAAC